AUGGCUCCUCCUCCUCCUCAAGAGAGAUUCGAUCUGGCCAAAAAGCAUGCCGCCCUGCUACGAGCCGUCCUUUCCCACCCGACCAUGACUUACAAGAGCAACGGGGCACCCGACAAAGCCAACAUUCACCCGACGCUGUUCAAUGUCACGGAUUUCCAGAUGUCCACAUACACCAAAUAUCUCUUACCUCUACUCCCCCCGAAUGCGGCUGACAAUUGCCGUGAACUCUCGUUCCAGCCAAAGAACUCAACCAUCACUGAAAACGUGGAUCUGCUCGCUGAGAACCUCUACCCUCGCAUGCAACAGGGGGAAUUGAUGGAAAAAUGGACCGAUGCUAUAACCAGGGGGAUGAUGCUAUCUUUGAUCAUCCUGGACAGGAGCAAACAGGUCAUGUUCGGUGGCCCGUUUGAUUUUGGGAAUGAGGUGGAAACUGCAGCUAGGGCACUGUCUUGA